UGCCCCUCCCUGCACCGCUUCACUUCUGGGUCAGGUUAGUGUGUGUAGACUAUACUCUGGAACUGAUACAGACAACGAUCAGGCUGAGAGAAGAGCAGAAAAUCCUAAGACAUUUUGGGAGUAUGAGGAAGAAGUCAAUGAGAAGACAACAUUUUGAACGCUGAAGGCAUCAAAUUCAUCAGUUUAAGUGUCAUUUGAGGAGGAACGACACCAUCAUCAUGGUAACCCUGAACACUCAAUCGCUCACCGUGCCGGUGGGAAUAAUCCGACUGUUUGAGUUCGCACUAACGCUCAUUACCUUCAGCCUGGUGGCUUCUGAAGGCCACAACAGCACUUCAUUCUGGGCCUGGUGCAUGUUCACCUGGUGCUUCUGCUGCUUCAUGACCCUCCUCAUCAUCAUCCUGGAGUUCACCGGCCUGAACGCCAAGGUGCGCAUCUCUUGGGAGGACUUCACUACGGCUUUUGCGAUGUUGUCCACACUUAUGCUGUUGGCCGCUUCCAUCAUCUACCCCACGUUUUACGUCUGCUCCUCAUGUCCGGUUAAGAUCGCGGCCACAGUGAUGUCCUGCGUGUGCUUCUGCCUCUACGCAGCCGAGGUGGGACUGACCCGAGCCAAACCCGGGGAGAUCAGCGGGUUCCUGUCCACUGUGCCGGGCUUGCUCAAGGUUCUGGAGGCGUUUGUAGCCUGCAUCAUCUUCAUCUGUCUGGAUUCGGGCUUUUACAGCAGGUUUCCUGGGCUCCAGUGGUGCGUGGCCGUCUACUCAAUCUGCUUCAUUGUUUCGCUACUUAUCAUCAUCCUCACAAUCGGCAGGUCGUUGGCUCGAAUCCCCAUCCCGCUGGACAAAUGUCUGACGGGGUACAACAUACUGGCGGUUCUAAUGUACCUCACGGCUGUGGUGGUGUGGCCCGUCUACAGUUUCAAGUAUAUUCAGAAACCACCGGUCUGCAGAAACUGUCUCUGGAGCAGGCUGGUUGCUGUGUCCUGCAUGAGUUGCAUCAAUCUGAUCGUCUACAUCGUGGAUACGGUUUACUCAGUGCGUCUGGUGUUCUUCGUUUCACCUGCCUAGAAAACUUGUGAUGUUCCUCCUUUUUAAGUUGUGAAAUGUAAAAUCUAUUAAAGGUAACCAGAUUGUGGCA